AUGGCCUUGAAUGGGAUGACUGCUGAAUUCAGAUCCUCAGGGAUAUCAUCUGAGAUUUCGACAGAAGAAAACGCUGAACGUUGGCUCAUGGAGCAGAAGUUUUAUUUGGUCAAUAACUCAAUGGUUUGCAAUGGAAGUGAAGACAGAAAUAGGUCAUACUCUUUGACGUCUAUGGCUGUCCAGAAAAACUGGGUUGCAUUAUUGAUUUCACUGGUCAUUAUUAUUACAGUGGCAGGUAACAUCCUGGUCAUAAUGGCAGUGAGCUUGGAGAGGAAGUUACAGAAUGCCACCAACUACUUCUUAAGGUCUUUAGCAAUUACAGACAUGCUUCUUGGUAUUCUUGUAAUGCCAGUAGCCAUGGUGACAAUCCUCUAUGGUUACACCUGGCCACUUCCCUCUGCCCUGUGUCCGAUCUGGAUCUACCUGGAUGUUCUCUUCUCCACUGCCUCCAUCAUGCACCUGUGUGCCAUCUCUCUAGACCGAUACAUCGCCAUCCGUAACCCCAUCCACCACAGCCGCUCAAACUCUCUAACUAGAGCCCGUAUUAAAAUAAUGGCAGCAUGGACCAUCUCUGUGGUUAUCUCCAUGCCUGUCCCAGUCCUCGGCCUGCAUGAUCACUCCAAAGUCUUCCGGAAUGAAAGCUGCCAACUGACAGAUGGCAAUUUUGUUCUGAUUGGCUCUUUCGUGGCAUUCUUUAUACCCCUCAUCAUCAUGGUGGUCACAUACAUUCUCACCAUCAGCACUCUGCAAAGCGAAGCGACUUUGUGCCUGGACCAACUCAUUGUGCAGCCAAAAUGGUCUUUCACAAUUGGACUCUUCCCACGAGGUUCUCUGUCCUCUGAGCGACUGUUUUCCCGUUCGUCUCUUUGUCACGCCAUUGAUGGGGCGAGCAGAGGAUCAGGCCGUCGCACCAUGCAGUCCAUCAGCAAUGAGCAGAAGGCGUCUAAAGUGCUGGGUGUCAUAUUUCUACUCUUUGUGAUCAUGUGGUGUCCAUUUUUUGUGACGAACGUGAUGGCGGUCGUGUGCAGCUCAGCAUGUGACGAAGAUUUGGUGGGGGGACUAAUGAAUGUGUUUGUGUGGGUGGGUUAUCUGUCGUCUGCCGUCAACCCUUUCAUCUAUACACUCUUCAAUAAGACCUACCGCGCCGCCUUCGCCCGGUACAUGCGUUGCCACUACCAUGAGGAGAGGAGGCCACUACAGCUGAUACUGGUCAACACCAUCCCUCUUCUGGCAUACAGCUCCUCCAGGUCUCCACUGAAGGUGGAGAGCUCAUCAGAAGGGAGGGUGGAGGGCAGCCAGUCUCGAGGCUUCUUCAACAUAGACAAGUCAAACUCUAUAAAUGCACAACACAAGGAAAGAGAUGAAGUAGUAAGUCACGUGUAA